AUGGAUGCAAAGGAGGUGUUACUCUUAGCCAAGGCUAAAGCUCUCCAAGAAAAGGAAGACUACAGGCAGGCCUUGGAGAUAGUUCACGGUAUCAUCUCACUCCACAGUGAAGAAGACAAGCACAACAUAGUGCGUCUUUUACUCGAAGAAGCCACUAUAUUCUCGGGUCUAGCGAUGAAAAAAUCAGAGACCAAGGACGUGGAGGUCACCUACUUCUUGGGUGCUUUAGGAUGCUCUACACAAGAUGAUGAGAGGACAACGAUGCAAAGUACAUGCGUCCUUCGCCUAUUGGGUAACUCUCUUGGAUCAGUGCUCUAUCUCAAGAAAUGCAUUCGCAGUGGUGAAAAGGUUUUAGCUGCUUCUCACUCACUCGAGGCCAAAGAUAAGGAGAAGUUUGAGAGAAUCGUCAAAGAGGCUGAGUGGAGGGUCAAGUUAUCCGGGUCUAAUCGGACUAUAGUAAACUACUACAAGCCGAGACCUAUUGAGUCGGAGGAGGGUCAAGAGCCGCCGCGGGUUGAGGGUAGGGUUGGUGUGUUGAGGUCGUUUUGGAAGGGGUUAGAUGUUAAUGUCAAGAGAGGUUUUAUGAAAGUAAGCAUCGAGAAGCUUAGAGGUUUUGUUAAGGGUGUGCAUAAAAAAGAGAGACUAGAUGUUUUUGAAGAAGUUCUCGGUAUUGCGAGGGAGCACAAGUCAUGGAUAGUUUGGGUGUGUCGAACUAAAUGUGAUAAGGUGUGUUUUAGUGUUGAGGAUUGCAAGACUCAUCUUGAAGAGAAACAUGAUGUAGAUUUUAAAACUUCUUUGGAUAUGGUCAAGAGGGUAGGGAGAAACUGGGUUGAUAAGGUACAGAACGGGCCUUGGAAACCUCUGGAUACAGUAGCUUCCGUUGGAAUGAUCAACACUCAGCUCGCAGAUGUAAAAGCUUUUACAACUAGAUCUAGGAAGAAGGGAUGGUCAGACCAAUGGCCUUUAGCUGAAGAUGAAGAGCGGAGUGGUUUACUCAAGGAAAUAAAGUUACUCCUUGUGUUGCUCUGUCAGCAUCAGAUUCUCUCUUUCAGCAUUCGAGACUGGGUGAUGAGUUUUCCGGUUAAGCAACUUCGGGAACUUGAAGUUUCAGAAGAGAGUAUUAAGGAGUGUCACCUAGUGGAAACGCCACAGAGCAUCUGUUUUCUGGAACGUGAUGAGCUCAGUCACAUCAGAGACUUUCUAAAGAAGAUCAAGUGUGAAAGGCAUGAUGGUACAGAUCAUGUUUGCAAGGCAGUGGACAGUCUGUUGGAACGUAUUGGAAUUAAAGAAAGUCUCGAAUUUGACGAGGAGUUUUCAUUGCUGCUUUUGGAUAAAAGACUGUUGAAAAGAAAUAAUGCUCCAUCUGAUGCCAACGCACAGGCUCAGGGAGAUGGUAUGAUAUCCUGGUUAGUUGACUACUCUUCAGCGGAUAAGAGCUUUCCAAAACCUAUCAGGGAACACAAUCUCGAUAUAUGGGUGGCUGUUCUGAGGGCUCUUCAGUACACAUGUAGAGCUUUGGUAACCAAAUAUGAAAAGAAAAAGCAGGUGUUAGAUUACGAAGCAGCUCUUACUGACGUGGAGACCUUGUGUAUGCAUGAAGAUCAAAGGAACAGCUAUGAAUCUCUUCUCCGCAAGAGAUCCGAAGAGAGAGCCACUGAAAGUUUAGUCACUUCAGCACUAUUCUUGUGUGCAGUACGAGAUGUUUUACACGAAGAUGGAGCAGCUAUGCAUUCGACAUAUGAUCUUCCCUUCUUACUAGUUUGCAUGAAUCUUAUACGCAAGCCUAAAAGUCUCAGCAAUGAUACAGUGUUGAAGUCCAUUGACGUUCUGAAAUCAAUGGUCACCGAAAAGGUUCUGCUAAUCGAUGCAAAGAUAUUGCUAAUUGAUAAUUCAAGGAUUAGUCUGCUAAACAACCUCACAAGGCUUUCUGCUUUUGACAACCGCUCUUAUAUGUUUCAUUUUCUGAAACCUUUCUUGCUGGUAGAAGCAGAGCUUUUGCUCAAAGAGGGGAAGAAGUCACUCAAAGGGGAGAAGAAGUCACUGGCCGAAAAGACGCAAAAAGAGAAAAGCAUUAAGACAACUUCAAAGAGCAUGGCUAAGCCUGUUGAUAAGACUGCUAAACAAAAAACUUCUGUCAGACUUGAACCGCAAGAAGAUUUUAAGGAACCAGAAAGAGGUCGAUUGGAAACUUCAUCCAACACUGACAUUCAAGUGGAAGCUACUACAGUUGAAGGAGCUGGAGCCAGAUACAACUCAUCUCUUGACAUGACGCUAAAGGGUUUUACACUGAGCGAAACGUAUUCUUACAUGUACAGAAAACCUUCUACCGAGCCGGCAGGUACAUCUCAAUCACCAAAACAGGGUUUUACACUGAGCGAAACGUAUUCUUACAUGUACAGAAAACCUUCUACCGAGCCGGCAGGUACAUCUCAAUCACCAAAACAGGUGGAAGAAGAUUCCAUGGAGCCAAAAGAUACUCUAGGAAGUGAAAAGGGUCCAUUGGACAUUCAAGGAGCUACUAAAGUUAACAGUGAUGAUAUCCACAACAUGCCUGGAGAAGAUAUGGAGUCAACAGUUGGAGGAGCUGCAACCAGAUACAACUCAGCUCUUGACAUGACGCUAAAGGUAAAGCAGUACCUAAACUGUCAUCUUCUGAUUUAUCUCAUUCCAUAUCUCUUUAAAUUAUUGCAGGCCCUCGUGAACAUAAACGUUCUUAAAGAAGAUCUAAAGCACAAUAAGCAAACGUUUCAUGACGACUUAGAAGAACCAGUUCUCCCUGCGCUACAAAAUUUAUUUACAGCUGUUGUGUCAGAGGAAAUAAAAACUGAAGAAGUCUACAGUUUCAUCUUGAGAGACUUACUCGUGUCCAUGGAAGAAGUGAAUUCUAUGUUGAGUGGUGCUGCUGAGUCACUUGUAACCAUCCUUGAGUCUUGGCAUUGCUGGAAAAAUGCAGAAAGAGAAAGCUUGGUGACUCGCCUUUUUACAUUAGAGGAAAAUGAAAGAAUGAGUUGUAGAAAAUGCAGAAGGGAGCCAAAUUACCCAGAGCAGAGUUCUUAUGGCAUUGUUAUGGCCGCAGAUUCAGUCAGAGACUUGAAGUGUAUUUUUAGGAAUAUGAAGUUUGUGGAUAUCCUUAAGGUGAUGCGCAUGGAAUACAAAAUGUUAUGUGACAUUAAAAGUGGAGGCUGUGGAACGGCAAAUGUUGUUCAUCAUGUUAUAAGUAGAUACCCACCAAUCUUCAUAAUCGUGUUGGAAUGGGAGAAGAGUGAAACUGAAGAAGAAAUUUCUGAAACAACAAAGGCUUUGGAGUGGGAGAUAGAUAUCAGCAGGCUCUACGAAGGCUUAGAACAAAACACUAACUACCGGCUUGUGUCAAUGGUUGGAUUUGGUGAAGAAGGAGAACACAUCUGCAUGGCGUAUGAAAAGAACCGGUGGGUCAAUCUCGGACGUGAGUCUUUAGCAGGAAAGGUUGUUGGCAACAGUUGGAAGAAUGUGGUGAAAUUCUGUGGAGAAAGGAAAGUUCGACCAGUGAUUCUGCUUUAUGAAGCUGCCUGA